GGUUAACAUACACAUAUAAUUCCUAACAAAGUUCAAAGUAAUGAGGUGUUACAUUCUCUUAGAAACAUUCGUCCUAAAAUGCAAAACAAGUUAUGCCUGAGGUUUGAAAAUUGGAAGUGAAGCGGAACUGGUUUGUCUGUUGCUCUCAGCUUGAGCUCAACAUAGUGGCUCAAUAAAUAAGACUCGAAUUCCGAUGAAGCGUACAGGCACAGAACUGUCAAUAGUUAGAACUACAUUAGCAACGGUCCAAUGAAAGGAUGGGAGAUUAAUUUGAACAAAUCAUUCUGAAAAGUGCCAAAAAUAGAACUAGUUACAAUUAAAGCUACUGCCGUUCUAUGAAAACACUGCAUUAACACCUUCUGCUUAUAUGCAUCCAAAAUUAGCCUCUUUCUUUGAACAGAAGAAAUCACACCCUGCUAAUUUCAGCUUCAAGACAAAUAAUUUCUAGUUUACCGGUUUCACCAUGCCAUUAUCAGUUAACAAUCAGACCUCAAAAUUUCCUAUAUAAGUAAAUACUAAAAAUAUACGCCAGAAAAUUUUGUUAGUAGUUUGAAUGAAUUGAAGCCGGAAGAACAUACCCAUCAAUAUGCUUUUAGGGGCAGCCAGCAUGUCAGGCAACAAGGGAAAAUCCAUCGCGUACUCGCAUCACUUGGCUGAUAGUUCAUCAAGGAAUUUUUGUGCAGAAGAAGCUAAUUAUAGAAAUAAGGAGGUUGUGCAUGCUGAACAAGUUAAAAUACUUGAUAAAAGAUUGAGAAUUCUUGAAGAUGAAGCAGAGUUAAUCAAGGAAGCUUUCUUGGAGGGUGUGGAAGAAAGAAGAAAGUUGGUAAAUGCAACUCAAAACGAAAUUCAGGCUGUAAACAACCGGAAGCGUCAUCGACAUGGACUCCCGCAACUUCUAAGUGAAGAGUCAAAUCCAGCAGUUGUUAUCAGAGAACUGAAAGCUUCAGAUGCUGUUUUCCAGGAUGCUACUGAAUGUGUAUGUGAAUUCUCAGAUCGAUGAUUCCGUCUAUCUGUGAAGAUUAGAUGGCCCGGAGGCUGCAAUUUCCCCUCACGUGUGGUGCUGACUUUUUUUUUUUUUUUCAUGUACCAAACACG